AUGGAUUCCUUUGCAUCCGUCGACCGUUUAGAGGGGUCUAACAAGAACGAAAUUGGAGGUCUCAUAACUCCCACCACGCCGACCGACGCAUUUAAGAAACCACAGAGUUCCUUGUUCGGCCUAGAUAAAUUGGCUGAAAGAAAAAGAGCAGAAGCUUCAAACCAGAGUCCGCGAAAUUCUGGCAGCACUGUUAUACAUACCUCUGCAAAUUACCGUGAACCUCGAGUUGAAACACCUUCAUAUGGUGGUGGUGUCAGCAAAGAAUAUAUAGAAUCUCAGAGCUACAAAAGGAGUAGAGAACAGGCUGAAAAAUUUAAGGCCGGUUUAGCAUACAAGACCGGUCACCCAUUCAAACACACCUCCAAAGGUAACUAUCUGCUUAGCCUGUGGGCGUAUUAUUUAUCUUUCUAUUUAAGUUUAUCAUGA